CCGCCUUUUUCACAAAACAAAAACAAGGCGGUUCCGUUAGUUUUUCCUGAACUGUAUUUAUAUUUUCUUCUUCUUCUUCUUCCCUCCUUCUCCAAGCAAACACGGUUUUCUCAUUUAAAACAAAACCCCAACGCACACACUUACAAAAGCAGAGACAGUUUCAGAAUCUCACAGUUUCGUUAUGAUUUCUUACACACCCUCUUCAAAUCCCAUAUUCUUUAUUUCUGGGUUUUCUCUUGCUACCGUUUUUGUGAUUUGAAUUUCGUAUAAAACCACCCCUUUGCAAUUACAACUCUCUCUCUCUCUCUCUCUCUCUCUCUCUCUCUCUCUCAACUGUCCAGAAAUGUAUGCAUACUAUUGAUAUUUUUGGUAAGUUGGCCUUUUUUUAGCGUUCUCAAAAUUUGCCGACUCUUCUUAAGUCCCAUCCUUUGUAUACAUACAAUUUCAUUUCUGUUUUGUUGGGUCAAUUUCUUUUGCUCCAACACUUUCUGGGUCUGAAUCAAAUUCUUCUCUGAUUCUUUCUUUGGUUUAAGAAAAAACAGAGUUUCUCUAUUCGUUUGCUUUACCUCCACGAAACUCUAAUACGUGUCCAUAUUUAGUCUUUAGAUACAAUUGUCUUCGGUUUCGGAUUGUAAACCACACUAGAUUUCCUUCCACUUUCUUCUGGGUUUUAUUGCAAUGGCGUGUAGCGGUGUUCAAGGUCGGUUGUCCUCUGUUUUCACCGAUGGGAGCACAGCGCUUUCUUCUGAAAAUUCAUCCGAAGAUAAACUCAGCGAUCAACUUACCGAUUCGGGUACGAGCGAUGCGGCCUCAGAGACCUCCGUCCAAGAUCAAGAUUCGUUGAUCUCCGACUGCGAAAGUGUCGUAGAUUCGGGUUCCAGUUCUGCGCAAUCGCGGAUGUUCAAUGACAGGUUGGUCGCACUUUUCGACGGGAACAGAGUUCACGAUCUCAUCAAGCAGAGGUUUGUUUCAAGUUUGGGUUUGCUUGGACCGCACGCCAACGUUGUGGCCAUUCAUAGAAACUCCUAUUCUAGCCUUGUGGGGCAAGCAAGGCUGCGUUCGUUUCAAAUUUACUUGAAAGCCGUGGAGGAGAAAUGCGGUGGCAAUCCCAAUGUGAAAUAUGCUUGGUAUGCACCUUCUUCUAAGGAUGAGAUUUCUAAGAUCAUCUGCCAUGGUUUUGGUCACCAUGAGAAGCCUCAGAAAGAUGGGUUAUACGGCAGUGGCGUCUACCUUGCUCCUGAUGAUUCUCCUCUGACAUGUGUGGAAGGCUCCAAUGUUGAUGAAGACGGUCUGCGACAUCUUUUGCUCUGCCGUGUUAUAUUGGGGAGGCCGGAGGUUGUGCAUCCUGGUUCUGAACAGUAUCAUCCAACUUCCGAAGAGUUCGAUUCGGGUGUGGACAAUCCUAUUGCUCCGAAGAAGUAUAUAGUAUGGAGCACCUACAUGAACACUCACAUCUUGCCAGAAUAUGUCAUCAGCUUCAGAGCUCCUACUUGCUUGAAAGGGUUCUUAAAGACUCAAGAAUCAAUUAAGAAACCGACUUCACCUUGGAUGCCAUUGCCAGCUCUAAUUGGUGUACUUUCAAAGUUUUUGCCUCCACCUACCAUUGCUCUGAUCAGCAAGCAUUACAAAGAUCACAGGGAGGACAAAAUCUCAAGGCAUGAACUAAUACAAAGAGUGAGACAAAUAGCAGGAGACAAGUUACUGGCUUCAAUCAUCAAAUCUUUCAGAGCAAAGCAAAUCAAAGGUUUGCAAAGGGUUGCUCAAAAUGGAGAGAGAAAUGGGAAGGAAUUCAAAAAUAACACAGGCGGUGUAGAUGAACAACCUAUUCCUUUGUUGGGAUGAUGAGUUAAACAGUGCACAGUUGCAAGUUGCAGUGGGGGGAGGAUCCAAUUGACAUAUUCUAACCACAAGUGAGGGGGAUCCAGUCCAGUAGAGAUGCCUGAGAGGGGUUUUUCUGGGAUUUCACUAGUUUUGGGAUCUACCUGGAAGUCGAUAGUAAAUUUUACCUAAUUUUCUAUUUUUCUGUAUGUUACCUAGUCACGCUGACAUUGUACUGGUUGAAAUUGAAUUGGUGCUCUCCACAAUCAACGGUUGAGACUUGAUGAUGAUAAUGAUGAUGAUGAUGAUAUAUUCUCUUUU